AUCGCAUAACACCGUCAUCAAUGUCACCAUAAAUAAUCAGUGAAAGCUCUCUCUUUUAACUCUUCUUCCUUCUGGUUUUCUGCACUGAAAAAUGGCAAUAAAAAUUGCAGCAUUGUUCUUUGUAGUUCUUGUGGCCUUGGCAUAUCAGGCCAUUCAGCCUCCACCCCCAAGAACAUGUGGUUCACCAAAUGGACCACCCAUCACAGCUUCAAGGAUUAAGCUCAGAGAUGGAAGGCACUUAGCCUACAAGGAACACGGUGUGCCUCCACAACUGGCCAAGAACAAGAUUGUGUACUUACACGGCUUUGGUUCCUGUCGACAUGAUGCUGUUAUUGCAACAAGCCUUCCCAAUGGAGUUCUUGAGGAACUUGGAGUGUGUGUUGUGUCUUUUGAUAGACCAGGGUAUGGAGAAAGUGACCCAGAUCCAAAUCGAACGAUGAAAAGUUUGGCACUUGAUGUUGAAGAGCUUGCAGAUAAGUUGGAAUUGGGAGAUAAGUUCUAUGUUGUGGGAUUUUCCAUGGGAGGACAAGCUGUCUGGGGUUGCCUCAAGUUCAUUCCUCAUAGACUUGCUGGGGCAACACUGCUGACACCAGUGGUAAAUUAUUGGUGGCAUAACCUUCCUUCCAACAUUACCACAAAGUCCUACUACCAACAACCCACACGAGACCAAUGGGCAUUGCGAGUUGCUCACUACUUUCCAUCGCUAACAUUCUGGUGGUUCACUCAGAAAUUCUUUCCUUCAUCAAGUGCUGUAAAUCGCAACCCUAAGGUUUUUUCCGAUCAAGAUUUAUCAAUACUUUCCAAAAUCAAAACACGACAACAUCAGUCACACGUGCAGCAACAAGGUGAAGCUGAAUCAAUUUGUCGUGACGCCAUAGUUGGGUUUGGAAGAUGGGACUUUGAUCCUCUUGAUAUUGAUAAUCCUUUCCCAGAUAACACAGGCCAUGUUCAUCUAUGGCAAGGUGAUGACGAUAAGCUCAUCCCUGUUCAGCUCCAACGUUACAUUGCUCAAAACAUUCCUUGGAUUCAGUACCAUGAAAUCCCUGGUUCUGGACACCUCUUUCCACACCUGCAUGAAAUCAGUGCCAACAUCAUCAAAACACAAUUGCAGCAAUGAAAAUUCAUUCCAUCUUUCUUCUGGGAGAUACACUCGCCUAAACAUGGACAAUGAUAUUUUGAUUAUUAAAUUUUGACAACUUUUAUUUACGACAUGAGGUAUUAUCGUCUAAACACCUAAAGUUGUAAAAAUUUAAUAAUAAAAAAAUUAUUUUCAUUUAAA